GGCCGAGUGGUGGAAAUCUAUGGGCCCGAGGCAACGGGCAAGACAACCCUGGCGCUGCAUGUGGUGGCAGAGGCACAGAAGCGAGGAGGAGCGGCCUACUUUGUGGAUGCGGAGCAUUCGCUCGACAUCGACCUAGCAAGGGCCAUUGGGGUGGAUAUGACACGCAUGCACCUAUCUCAGCCCGACAGUGGCGAGACGGGCCUGGCUCUAGUGGACCAGAACGUCAGGAGCGGCGCCUAUGACGUCAUUGUGGUUGAUAGUGUGGCAGCACUCGUGCCCCAAGCAGAGUUGGAGGGGGAGAUGGGCGACUCGUUUGUAGCCCUGCAGGCGCGCAUGAUGUCUCAGGCGCUGCGGAAGCUGUCAGGGGCGCUCAACCGCUCGCAGGCCGUGCUGAUCUUCGUCAACCAGGUGCGAUCGAAGCUCAUGAUGGGAGGGCCAGGCAUGGGCAUGCCGGUGGAGGUGACGUCUGGAGGCAAUGCACUCAAGUUCUAUGCAUCGCUGCGGCUGCACAUCAAGCGAGUGGCGCAGCUGAAGCAGGGAGAGAAGAUUGUUGGUAACCGCGUGCGGGUAACGGUCAACAAGAAUAAGCUCGCACCGCCCUUCCGCACGGCAGAGUUCGACAUUGAGUUUGGCCACGGGAUAUCCCGGGAGGGGGAACUGCUAGAUUUGGGUGUAAAAGAAGGGUUGCUCGCUCUCUCUGGUGCGUGGUAUAAAAAGGGCGGCGAAGUGAUUGGGCAAGGGAAGGAAGGCGCGAGGAACUUUCUGAAGGAGAAUGUGGAGGUUGCGAGGGAGCUUGAGGAGGGGAUUAGAGAGAGAUUGGACGAGGACGAUGACGUGGCGCCAUGGAGAUUGGACGAUGACGAAUCAGGCAAUCUAGAUCCGCAAAUCUCGGACACACGAGGAGGGCGGAUCGCCGGAAGAAUGGCGCAGAUUGCCGAAGGAGAAGGGGAGCGGAUCAUCUUAGACAGCAGGGGAGGCGACGAGCAGAGCAGCGAACCUCACCGCAGAAAGCUCAUUUCGAUUGACGCGCGCAAGGAUGCCUUUCCGCCGCGCAGGAGGCUGGGUGCGGGCGAUAUGCGCGCGGGUGCCUUUUCGCGGCGGAAGCGGUGGAAGGAGCGGCUGGUGCGCAAGCUGGGUCCGGGGAAGAACAAUCUCCGCGAGUACCUCCGCGCGGAGGGCUCGCUGCGGUCCGAGAAUUUAACUACGCGAUACCGAAUGGAGUCGCUACAUCACGUAUUCUUAGACUAUCACAACCAGUCGCACCAGCAGACGGAGGAUAUGCAUAUCAGGUGCAAAGGCGGCGAGUGCCCGGAUUUUCAGCAGUGCUCGGGGAAUUUCACCGCUGUAGACGCGUGCCACUGCCCGGAUAUGGAAGAUUUGAGCCGGCGGGCAGCUUUACCGCCGCUGAACUGCCCGAGAGUAAAAAAAGUUAUGGUGGAUUCGCCGUUGAAAAUCAAGCCGGUGAAGAUUCUGUUUGAUCCGAACUGCUCUCAUGCGGAGGAUGAUAUCCCGCACUUUGCGUGGGUGAGCCAGAUGUUCAAUCUGCGCCACGUGUACUUCAACUCGCGCGGACAGGCGUUUAACGACUCGUUUCUAUAUGAUAGAAAUGGCUGCGGCAGCGAGCAUAAGUUCGACAUACCCGAGGGCACACGGGUGACAGUCUACGAUAAGAUAAUCAACCUGGCGCAUUGGAACGCGUACCAGUUCUACCACGGCAUUCUCGAGCUCGUGCCCGUCUUCUUCAUGCUCUCCAAGGCACCGCACCUGCUGCGCGCGCUGCCCAUCGCCGUGCAGUACCUGCAGAUGGACUUCCUGGAAAAGCUCGGAACUUUUUUUAUCGGCAUGGACAUGGUUAAUAUGGACUUGAGGGUUGUGCCGGAUGAUGAGCUGUUCUUCGCCCACCAAGUGCUUCAGCCCUACUACCAGUGGUGCGGGCGGCCCAGUCGCUCCCUCUGGCGUCACUUCCGUCGGCUGUAUCUGCUGCCACCCGACGGCCUCCCCAUGUUCCUUCCCGACUGGACCCCGCGGGUCAACAGCGCCAUGCAGUCAUACUCCAUUGGCUUCCCAGGUGCGUCCUGUGCCUUGCACCAUUCCCCUCUCUGGCCCCAUUCCACCAUUCCACCAUCUUCCCCCUCUGGCCUCUACCUGCUGCCGCCUGAUGGCCUCCCCAUGCUCCUCCUCCCUGACUGGACCCCGCGUGUCAACAGCGCCAUGCAGCCAUACUUUGGCUUCCCAGGUGCGCCUGCCGACUGGGUGGUGGUGUUAGCGCAGCGAUACAACACCCGGGCACUGGAGCAGCAUGGGGAGGUGGAGGGGCUGCUGUGCACUCUCUUCCCUCGAGAGCGGGUGGUGGUGUUUGAUGGCAGUCUGCGCAUUUCCGAUGCCAAGGCCCUCUUCAAUCGGGCCGUGCUGUUUGUAGCUGCGCACGGGGCAGCAAUCACCAACGCCAUCUUCAUGCCGUUCAAGUCGGUGCUGCUUGAGCUGCGCCCCAGGGCCUUCCACAAGGCGUGCUACCACCACCUGGCCGAGCCAUAUGGUGGCUGUGGGAUGGGGUCUUUGUCAGCUGGUAGAACCACAGCUGCAGCACCUGCGAGUCAUCCAUCCUUGACAUCUAAGGCCAUAUGUACAUUUAAGACUGCAGCCAUGGCGACUCUCCGCUGCGACGCGUCAGUCCUCGGCGCCGUGUCUUCCUCCGCUUUUGCGGGCCGUCAAAACCUUCAGGCGCAACGCGGCGAGGCGCGCGUGGUGUGCAAGAAGGAGGGCAUCCACCCCAAGUUCUAUAAGGAGGCUAAAGUUUACUGCAAUGGCGAGGAGGUGAUGACCACCAUGGGCACGCAGGAGAAAUACAUCGUCGACGUCUGGUCAGGCAACCACCCGCUGUUCCAGGGCAGCAAGAACACACUGCUGACGGAGGCAGGGCGGGUUGACAAGUUCAACCAGCGGUACGGCGCGCUCGGCACCAUGUCCAAGAUCCCCGUCCUCGAUAAGGGCGAAAUCGUUAUUGUUAAGAAGUCCAAGGCGCCGGUCAAGAAGGGUGGCAGGAGAUGA